AUGGAGGCUCGACCAACUGAGGAUUCUGGUGCACAGGCUCCAAAGCCAAAACGAACAAAGAUUGCCAGGGUAAAAAACAAAAUGCCAGCUGCCAUUCAAAUCACAGCUGAACAAUUGCUUCGUGAAGCAAAGGAAAGAGAACUUGAAGUAACACCAAAGGCGCCCCAACAGAAAAUCACAAGUCUUUCAGAGCUCAGAGAUUUUCAACUGCGCAAACGAAAGGACUAUGAAGACAAUAUUCGGAAAAACAGACUGGCAAUGCAGAAUUGGAUUAAGUAUGCGAAAUUCGAGGAGAGCCAAGGCGAAAUUCAACGUGCCCGAUCCAUCUUUGAACGUGCAUUAGAUGUGGACUAUCGAAAUGUCGGAUUAUGGCUCAAAUACGCAGAGAUGGAAAUGCGAAACAAACAAGUCAACCAUGCACGCAAUUUGUGGGAUCGUGCUGUUGUCCUCAUGCCACGAGCCAAUCAGUUCUGGUACAAGUACACCUACAUGGAGGAAAUGCUGGGUAAUAUUGCAGGAGCCAGGCAAGUGUUUGAACGGUGGAUGGAGUGGCAACCAGAGGAGCAAGCGUGGCAUGCCUACAUCAAUUUCGAAUUGCGCUACAAAGAUAUACUUGUCCUCGUUCAUCCCGAGCCAAGGAACUGGGUGAAGUACGCAAAGUUUGAAGAACGGAAUGGAUUUGUAAAUUCUUGCCGCCAAGUUUUCGAAAGGGCUGUGGAAUUCUUCGGAACAGACAAUCCUCAGGCCAGACUUCUGAUAGAGUUCGCUCGUUUCGAGGAGCGACAGAAAGAGCAUGAACGAGCUCGUGUGAUUUACAAGUACGCUCUGGAUAACUUGCCGAAAGAGGAGUGCCAAGAGAUCUACAAAGCCUAUACACUUCAUGAGAAGAAAUACGGAGACCGACUUGCCAUCGAAGACGUGAUUCUCAGCAAGAGAAAGUUUCAAUAUGAAGAGGAGGUACAAGCGAAUCCCCAUAACUACGAUGUUUGGUUUGAUUACGUGCGUUUAAUGGAGGAGGAAGGAUCCGUAGAUCAGACGCGGGAAAUUUACGAACGAGCAGUUGCGAACGUACCACCGAUCAAGGAAAAGCGUUACUGGAGGCGCUAUAUCUACCUAUGGCUCAACUACGCCCUGUACGAGGAGCUUACCGUCGAAAAUAUGGAACGGGCCCGUCAAGUAUAUCGGUUUUGUCUCAAGUUGAUCCCUCACCGCCGAUUCACAUUCGCAAAAAUGUGGCUUUACGCAGCGAAGUUUGAGAUUCGUCAGAAAGCCCUCACAGACGCUAGAAAGCUACUGGGUGCUGCUAUCGGUAUGUGUCCAAAAGACAAAUUGUUUCGUGGAUACAUUGAAUUGGAGAUUCAACUGCGCGAAUUUGAUCGAUGCCGAAAGUUGUACGAGAAGUUCCUAGAGUUUUCACCCGAAAACUGUACAACGUGGAUGAGGUACGCAGAGUUGGAAAGUUUACUCGGGGAAGUCGACCGUGCCCGUGCUAUAUACGAGCUGGCUAUCAACCGGCCACUCUUGGAUAUGCCUGAAUUACUUUGGAAAGCCUAUAUUGAUUUUGAAAUUGAACAGUACGACUGGGAACGCGCACGUGCUUUAUAUCGGCGACUGUUGAAGCGCACACAACAUGUAAAGGUUUGGAUCAGCUUCGCUAACUUUGAGCUGUGUGCGCACAAUACACUCACAUUGGAUGACCUUGACGAUGGUGCAGAAGCCCACUUGAAGUCAGCCAACGUGGACAAGGAAACUAUUAUUCGAGAACACAAUGAAAAUGAAGUUAAAAAAGGUGUACUUCGGACCCGAGCUGUUUACCGGGAGGCGAACAAAGCCCUUCGAACUUGUGAGGACAAAGAACAACGGGUCAGAUUAUUGGAGGCCUGGAAAGAAUUCGAGGACGAAUACGGGGACGCUGAAUCUCAAAAGGAAAUUGCCAAGCUCCAACCUCAAAAAGUUGUUCGCAGUCGUCGACUGGGUGAUGAGCGAAGUGGUUGGGAAGAAUUCGUGGAAUACAUAUUCCCUGACACAGAUGCAGAAAAACCAAAUCAGAAGCUUCUGAGUAUGGCUGCCAGGUGGGCUGAACAAAUGAGUCGGAAGCAGAAAGCGAAAGCUGAAGACGCAGACUCUGAUGAGUCGUCCGAAACAGAAAGUGAAUCAGACAACGCGGACAGCUUGCAAGGCGACGAGGACGACAAUCGGGUGGUCGAUCAGGAUGAGAACUGGUCUGGAGUAUCCAAAAAUCGGAAUCGCGAAGAACUUCAGCUACCAGAUGAUGAUAGUGAUGAAGGUUGAUAUUGAUGCAAAGUCAAACUUGUACAGAACCCGUCUUGUGUAUAAAAUUGAAACGUCA